AUGGCUACAGAAAUAACCUUCCAUGACUUGACGUCCCAAAAAUGGCCUUAUUCGUGGUCGCCAUUCACCCUCCGCACAACGCAAUGCCUAAACUAUCUCGAGCUCACCUACAAACACAACAAAAUCUCGUAUCCAGACAUCGCAAAGACACUCUCGUCACUAGGCGUCGAACCUGAGCCCGAAGAUGUUGGCAACGACAUCCAAUUUACCCUUCCCGCCAUUUCUAUUGACGACGAAACAAUAAUGGGCUCGUCCGCCAUUGCCGAAAAACUCGCUUCUCUUGACAAGGAUUAUGAGAAANAGCUGUUUCCCCAAGGCGAUGAGUCAAGGGAUGCGGUAAAGAAGUUUGAGAAGGAAGUUGUACCACAGAUGGCGACGGGCAUGGGAGGAAUGCGCAAACAUAUUAUUGGGUUUGUGCCUUUCUUUNUGGAUGAGAGGGGUGCUGAGUAUUUCUAUGCCACUCGCGAACCCCAGCUUGGUAAGCUGGACGAUCUCAGAAAAGUGGCUUUGGAGGAGGAAAAGGAAAAAGGGUGGAAAGCAUUGGUCGAAGAAGCCGUGAUACCCGUCUUGGACUUUUACAAGCAGAUUGAUGGCGAGGAAAAGGGCAUUUUUGCAUACGGAGGGAACGAGCCACAGUUUGUCGACUUUUGUGUUGUGGGCUUUGUGCAGUGGUGGAUUUGUGCUCGUGGAGAAGAAGAAAUUAUGGCUGCGUUGGAAGAGGUCGGAGGUGGUAGGCUUGCAAAGAUCAUGAAGGGCUGCGAACGAUUGAUGAAACCUAGGGAAGUAUGA